CAGUCGCGGCUGGUGUGAUGGUGAUCCGUUGAAGGUGUCGUUCGGGUUAGAUAUAGUUAAAUAGGGAGGCUUAACGAGUCGAACAGCAGGGUAUAUCGCGUUCGCUAUUGUGUCGAUAAAUAACGGUUGCCCGCUAUCUGCCUUGGAAUCUGAUCGGUCGCGUGGACGUCAACGGUGCCAAACUCAAUACGUCGUAUCGGCGCCGGUGUGUUGAAGUGCGGAACGCCUCCUCCCUGUGUGUGCUUCGUUAUCGCACCACUAUGGUCUCCCGUUCCAGCGAGAAUAUGACUACGUCUUCGUGGAGGUGGACCCUACCGGGACUGGUCUUGGCAGUCCUGGCGUGUUUGUCCUGGCAUGCCACGCCGGCUCACGGCCAUGGUAGACUUAUGGAACCCCCAUCGAGGUCGUCCAUGUGGAGGAUGGGCUUCAAGACGCCACGCAAUUACAACGACAACGAACUCUUCUGCGGUGGCUACGCGGUCCACUGGCAACAGAACGGCGGCAAAUGCGGCGUCUGUGGCGAUCCGUGGCACCAACGAACGCCACGCAACAACGAAGCCGGCGGCAAGUACGCCAAGGGUAUCAUCGUGCGCCGCUACAAGAGGGGAGAUGUGAUGAAGGCGUCAGUGCAGCUCACUGCCAACCACCGAGGGUUUUUCGAGUUCCGCCUGUGCCCAGUGAACAACCCCAAGGUUGCAGCCACCGACGAGUGCAUGGCCAAGCACCCGCUGACCAUGGCUGACGAUCCCAGCGGAAGCACGCGCUACAUGGUGGACGCCCGCAAGCGUGACUUCAACCUCCGUCUCAAGUUGCCCGACGAUAUGACCUGCUCCCAGUGCGUCUUCCAGUGGUCUUACACCGCAGGCAACAACUGGGGCAAAUGCGCUAACGGAUCCAGCGCCGUGGGCUGCGGUCCUCAGGAGACCUUCAGAGGCUGUGCCGACAUCGCCAUCGAGGAUGGUGUCGCCGGUGGAGAAGGCGGCCAGGGUGGAUUCGACGUCGGCGCAGGCGAGAUUCCCGCCGACACACCUCCUCGUGUCUCACCCACCAUAAAGCCUGUGACGCCCCAGGUGCCCUGGUGGGUCAAGGGAGGUCCCAAGGUACCCGUGACGCCCAAGAAGCAGCCACCCCAGCGCGGCUACCCCUGGAAGACCUAUCCGACCCGCAGGCCCUUCCACGAGGUCGAAGGCCACACGAAGCAGGUUCCCGCCGCCGCCGUGCCCGCCGAGCCCAGGCCAGUCUACCCCGGCGGCAAGCCAGAGGUCGAAGGAGAAUCCGAACACAACGGCCAUGGUCACCAUGGAGGCAACGAUGGCACACCGACUCGGACCUACCCCGAGGAAGAGGAGUUGCCCACGAGUACCACAACAGAGUACCCGCGCACCAUGAUUCCCAAGAGGUACUCUCCUAAGGACAAGUGGACUCCAGCUCCGAAAAACACCAAGAACAAGCCACCUUUCGCAAAGGGUGGUCCCGCUUACAAGCCCGGCAGCGGCAAAGAAGUUUUCGGAGGCUGUAAGGGCGUCGGCAUGUAUAGGCGAAUCCCAGGACUCGACAAGUGGUGCUGGGAAAAUUGCCACAGGGGUUAUUGCCCGCCCACACACUGCACUUGCCACUAAGUGUCUCCCGGUAGAGACAGCAACAUAAGUUUGAAUUUUAGAAUAUCCCUUGUUCUCCCGUUUUUAUCCCUUGUUGACGAUGUCUUUCCCAAAACGUGACCCCACCCUUCCCGUUGCUACCGCCUCUGCUUCAAACUCUGCAAAGCCAUCAUUUUUUUUUAUUGUUCACGAACUUCGCCCAUGGUCGUGUGCGUGGAUACCCGGUGUCUUCGAGUUGUGUCCCGGUGACUUGCGCUUUUUGUGUCCCGUUUUUUGUGUGUUCAUGCACACCACAUCUGCAGAGGGAAGUUUGAGCUGUAUGAUUACGAACGCGUGGUUUUUUUAUUCGGGUGUGAAUGCUUGUAGGCCGUAUUUAUUUGUACGUUUGAUGCAAUAUUUGAAACCCGGUGACGAAUGAUUAUUGAUUCGCAAUAUUACUCUUUGAAAAAUGUGGUGGCCAGUCUCUUGAGUCUAAAAAAUACAGGGCAUUCGUACGCGCGCGCUCAAGAAACGCUGGCCAAGUAAUACUGAGCGCGAGAAAAGCAUAUGAUUCAGUUGUUUUUUUCUUUAGACAAGCACAUCUUUACUGCCAGAACGUCUUUCAUGAAGUUUAACUGACGCCACCAUAUUGAAGGCAGUACUUACUAAUCAAGAAUUGCCAUAUGAAUUGAAUGAUAACGCACGUACGACGCACUAAUUAAAUCUAUUCUUACAGAAGCUUAAAAUUAUUAACGCGUCUAUCUGCUAUACGAGUCAUUAAAAAGUUUUAGAUCAAGCAUAGCUGUGAAAUAAACGUUAUUAAUAAUCGUGAAUUAACACUAGACCAACAAGUUAUAGUAGGUUAUUAUUUAUUCUGAGGCAUAAUACAGCUGCUUAGCAACUGAACAGGUUCAGUGCAGAAGAAGAAAAGACGCAAGGACCUUAUUUUAAAAUGAUAAUUGACAGGGGAGAGAGAUGUAAAGAAAGCCUGCCCACUAGCUACUUGAGCUGGCUUCCGAUUUCUGUGCCAAGUCAAGCUCUCGCCGCGCGGGCGCGCAUAGUGAUGCUUGACAUCUUCACCACUUUUGAGCGAAGUGAAAUGUACAUACUUGAGACCUCUUAUUUAAUUUAAACUGCGUGCAUGCAUGCUUCUCAUCCAAGCACAUCCACGGUGCCGAGUCCUUUCCUGUCAAUCAAUGAGUGCCCAUGAAUUAUUUAUUUGCGAGCGUUUUUUUACAAGAACUGUAAUCUUGUCCAUGCUCAUUCCUGUUCAUCUUUUGCCUGAGCCGUUAGUGUGGGAGUUUCAUGUGUGCGUAUCAUAUAUAAUAUUUAUAACGACGCAUUCUUUCUUUUUGUUGUUGAUUGUUGUUGAUGCUUGUUUUUUAUUUCGGUUCGCGAGAUCGAUGUGUGAUGUGGCAAUAAAAGAAGGUGCCCGGGUGCGCCACUCUAAAAUUGU